AUGGGGAAGGCCAAGCCUGCUAGAGCAGGACGGAAGCCCCCCGGGUCCCAGGCCGGAGCGCGGGGAGUCAAGGCAAAGCCCAACCCCAACCCAUUCGAAGUGAAAGUCAACCGGCAGAAGUUCCAGGUCCUGGGCAGGAAGACGCGCCACGAUGUGGGGCUACCUGGCGUGUCCCGCGCGCGGGCCAUCAAGAAGCGUACCCAGACUUUACUGAAGGAAUACAAGGAAAGGGAGAAGUCCAACGUGUUCAAAGAUCGGCGCUUCGGGGAAUACAAUCGCAACAUGAGCCCGGAGGAAAAGAUGAUGAAGAGGUUUGCACUGGAACAACAGCGACGUCAUGAAAAAAGAAGCAUCUACAACCUGAAUGAAGACAGCGAGCUGACGCACCGCGGCCAGUCUCUGGCCGAGAUAGAGAAGCUAAAUGACAUCGUGGACAGCGACAGCGACGCUGAAGAGGGAGGAGCGCUGUCGGCCGAGCUGACUGCUACCCAUUUUGGAGGAGGCGCUGGGCUCCUUACCAAGAGUGAGUCUCGGGAAAGUCAGGAGCCAGGCAGAGCGCGGUCACGCAGAGAACUUCUCGAGGAGCUCAUUGCAGAGUCCAAGCUACAGAAGAGGGAGAGGCAGGCACAACGGGAAAAUGCCCUGGAGCUCACGGAGAAGCUGGAUCAGGACUGGAAAGAAAUCCAGAUGGUCUUACCUCAUAAAACACCCAAGGCGGACAAGAAAGAGAAGGAAAAGCCCCAGCCUGAUGUGUAUGACAUGAGGGUUCGCGAGCUUGGUUUUGAGAUGAAGGCUCAGCCCUCGGACAGAAUGAAAACGGAGGAGGAACUGGCCAGGGAGGAGCAAGAGCGACUCACAAAGCUGGAGGCUGAGAGACUUCGCAGAAUGCUUGGAAAGGCCGAGGAUGCAAAUAUGAAGAAACCAAAACACAUGUCGGCCGAUGACUUGAAUGAUGGCUUCAUCCUGGACAGAGAUGACCGGCGCUUGCUGUCUUACAAAGACGGAAAGAUGAACGUAGAGGAGGCCAGCCAUGCAGAGGGGAGCAGGGAGGCCAGUGGCAGUCAGAGUGCUGGGGAGGAGGAGGAGGAGGAGGAAGAGGAAGAAGAUGACUCGGGUGGAGAAGACGCCGAGCAGAGCGAUGGUGCAGACAGCCACGCAGACCUGGACUCCAAUGCGGAGAGCGAGGAAGACCCUGCAGGCCCAGAAACGGGGUCACUGCUGACCCCUGCAGAGAGACACCUGGGCCGGCACUGGCGUGCCCAGGCCGCUGUCCGAGCCGAGCUGCCCUACACAUUUGCAGCUCCCGAGUCCUACGAGGCACUGAGGUCACUGUUGUUAGGGAGACCGAUGGAUGAGCAGCUGCUGGUGAUGGAGCGGAUUCAGAAGUGCAACCACCCGAGUCUGGCAGCAGGAAACAAAGCCAAGUUAGAGAAACUGUUUGGUUUCCUCUUGGACUACAUUGGGGAUUUGGCUGCGGAUGACCCGCCCGACCUCGGGGUGAUCGACAAGUUGAUUGUGCAGCUGUAUAAACUCUGCCAGCUGUUUCCUGAGUCUGCGUGCGACACCAUGAGGUUCGUUCUCCGCGACGCCAUGCACGACAUGGAGGAGAAGCUGGAGGCCAAGGGCCGUGCCACCUUCCCAGGCCUGGACGUGCUCAUUUAUCUGAAGAUCGUGGGGCUGCUGUUUCCCACCUCUGACUUCUGGCACCCGGUGGUGACCCCUGCACUGGUGUGCAUGAGCCAGCUGCUCACCAAGUGCCCCGUGCUAUCGCUGCAGGACGUGAUCAAGGGGCUGUUCGUGUGCUGCCUCUUCCUGGAGUAUGUGUCUCUGUCCCAGAGGUUCGUGCCCGAGCUCAUUAACUUCCUGCUCGGGAUCCUCCACAUCGCAGCUCCCAACAGACCGACGCUGGGUUACGCCCUGGUGCACCCUUUCAGAGCUCUCGGGAAGGGCUCGGAACUGCUCCUGGUCUCUAACAGAGAGGACGUGGCCACAUGGCAGAGGAGAAGCCUCCCCCUGCACUGGGCAAACGGACUGAAAGGCCAGACGGAGACAGAGACCAACCACGUCAGGCUCUCCUGCUUGGCCGUGUGUUUGGCCCUGGUGGAGCGCUGUGUGCAGCUGUAUGGCUCCCUGCCCGCCUUCCACCACAUCGUACAACCCCUGCGGACGGUGCUGGCCGAACACCUGGACCUCGGCCUCCCUCAGGAGCUCCAGGAGCUGGGUCAGCGCCUUGUGAACAAGUUGCAGAGCCAGGAGCAGCGAUGGCGGCCGCUGGUCUGUGAGAAGAGCAAACCCGUCCCCCUGAAGCUCUUCACCCCGAGGCUGGUCAAAGUCCUGGAGUUUGGCCGGAAGCAGGGCAGUACGAAGGAGGAGCAGGAGCGCCGGCGGCUGAUCCACAAGCACAAGCGCGAGUUCAAAGGCGCCGUGCGUGAGAUCCGCAAGGACAACCAGUUCCUGGCGCGGAUGCAGCUGUCCGAGACCAUGGAGCGGGACGCAGAACGGAAACGGAAAGUGAAGCAGCUCUUCAACAGCCUGGCCACACAGGAGGGCGAGUGGAAGGCUCUGAAGAGGAGGAAGUUCCAGAGGUGA